UUCCGGAUGAGGUGACGGUUGAUCCGCGAGCUUCGUCGGUUGACGGUUGAGGCUCCGGAGCCGCUCGUAAGGUUAUUCUAACAGGUUGUUAAUGCACUUGCAGUAGAUCUUGAAGAUGGAAAAGACUGACCGGGAAGCAAUGGCGACAGCUGUGCAGCGAGUGGCUGGGAUGCUGCAACGACCUGAUCAGCUGGACAAAGUGGAACAAUAUCGCAGGCGGGAAGCUCGCAAGAAGGCAUCUGUGGAAGCCAGACUGAAGGCAGCUAUCCAAUCUCAAUUGGAUGGAGUAAGGACUGGGCUCAGCCAGCUUCACACUGCCUUGAAUGAUGUUAAAGACAUUCAGCACUCCCUGGCAGAUGUCAGUAAGGACUGGAGACAGAGCAUUAAUACAAUUGAGAACCUGAAGGAUGUGAAAGACGCUGUGGUACAGCAUAGCCAGUUGGCAGCUGCUGUAGAAAAUCUAAAAAAUAUUUUUUCAGUUCCAGAGAUAGUGGAGGAGACCUUUAACCUCAUCGAAGAAGGGAAGUUGCUCUUAGCGCAUCGAAAGCUAAUGGACCUGGAGCGUUCCCGAGAUGACCUGAUGUACGAACAGUAUCGGAUGGACAGCAAGAACACUCGUGAUAUGAACCUCAUCCAGGUUUAUUUUCGGAAAGUAGAGAAGUUGUCUGAGGCGAUGGGCAAGCAGAUAUGGAUGAUGGUACAGAGAGCAUCGGUCACAGUCCGCCAGGACCCGACUCAUCUCGUCUCCUUGAUUCGAGUCAUUGAACGAGAAGAAAAACUUGACAAACGGAUGCUGGACAGGCAGAAGCAGACUGGCUUCAUUCCUCCCGGGAGGCCGAAGAAGUGGAAAGCCAAGUUGUUCGAGAUUCUAGAACGGACCGUUAACAACCGAAUCGAAGCCAGUCAGGCAGAAACCAGGGAGUCGGACAAAAUGUGGUUGGUGCGUCACCUGGAGAUUACCCGCAAAUACGUGGUUGAAGACUUGAUAGUUAUGAAGAGCUUCAUGGUGCAAUGUUUCCCUGUUCAAUACAGAAUUUUUGAAUGCUUCCUGAACUUGUAUCACCAAGCGCUGGCAGCCCGCGUCCAGGAACUUACCAUGGAGGACCUAGAGGCCAAUGAAAUAGUUUCGCUUCUAACCUGGGUUCUGAACACCUACAAGAGUCCAGAAAUGAUGAGACACCCAGAUCUGGUUCCAGAGGUAGACGUGAGCACCUUACAGCCCCUGCUCUCAUCUGAAGUGAUUAAUCAGCUUCUUGGCAAAUAUAUGACCACACUUACUUCCAACAUUAUUGGCUGGUUACGAAAAGCCCUUGAAACGGACAAGAAAGACUGGAAAAAAGAUCAAGAACCAGAGGCAGAUCAGGAUGGAUAUUUCCAGACUACACUGCCAGCUAUUGUAUUUCAGAUGUUUGAACAGAACCUGCAGGUAGCUGCUCAAAUCAAUGAUGACCUAAAGCUUAAGAUGCUGUCAUUAUGUCUUCAGCAAAUGAACUCUUUUCUUAGCAGAUAUAGAGAAGAAGUGAUGCUUUAUAAAGAAGACCACUUGAAAGAUCGCCAGUAUCCUCAGUUCUACAUUCAAUACAUGAUCGCAGUCGUCAACAACUGUCAAACUUUCAAAGAGUCUGUCAACAGUUUAAGGAGGAAGUACAUGAAGAGUGAAAUUGAGGAUGAGACAACUAUAGAGGCAACUCUAGAAGUCAUAGCUAAAGAGGCUUGCUCCUACCUUCUGAAUGAAGUCUUCCUGGAUCUGGAGCCUCAUCUCCAGGAACUGAUGACUAAAAAGUGGCUUACAGGCUCCAAUGCAGUGGAUACAAUUUGUGUUACAGUCGACGAUUAUUUCAAUGACUUUGCAAGGAUUAAAAAGCCCUUCUGCAAGGCAAUAACAAACGAGGCCCAUCGCAGAGUAGUGGUGGAGUACAUCAAAGCUAUGAUGCAGAAAAGAAUAACCUUCAGGGGGUCAGAGGAGCGCAAAGAGGGGGCUGAGAAAAUUAUCAAGGAGGGAAAUCAAUUUCGAUUCUUGUUUAGGAAGCUCUCCACUGGCUUUGGUGAGGACGUUGAGGUGCUGUGUGAUGCUAUUCCAGCUUUGGCUGAAGUCCUCAAACUUACUGAUCCAUCUUUGCUGUGUCUUGAGGUGUCAACAUUGGUUAAUAAGUAUCCUGAUGUCAGGGAAGAGCACAUUACAGCGCUGAUGGUGAUGAGGGGUGAUGCCAACAGGGACAUGAAACAGACGGUCAUCGAAACAUUGCUGCAAAAUGCAACUCAUCCUGGUCCUAACUUUCAACCAAUCUUCAAAGAUAUUCUGGUCCCAUCUAUGAGCCUGUCAAAACUAGUCAAGUGAAACACUGCAUUUUUGGUUGUUGAUGACUUUAUAUACAGUGGACCCUCUCUAUAUGGUGUCUUUGGGUGCUUUGUAAAUGUAUCAUAGUGAGGCCUGGAUAGUCACUAAACUUCCAAUUCUCCAGUGUUCACCUUUUAAAAGUAUACCUGGCCAAACCUGGUAUAAAAACUCCCUCUGGACUAUACUUACUGAAUUCUAAAAUUAUGCCUUUGAGUUGGCGUCUGAGGGAGAGGUGUAGGAAGAAUACAACUCCAUUAAUUCAUUAAUCAAGUAAAAAAAAAACUGCCAUCAAUCAAAUGGCUGUCAGAUGAUUUUUUUAACUUGGAGUAUUGGGUCUACAAUGCUGGAGGAGUGGCUUAAUUAACAGCAAGUUCUACAGAAACAACUCCAGUGUAUGUACUAGUGCUUUUUAUGGCUUCUGUAUUAAUUAGGGUGCGGCAGUGUUAUGAGGGGCUACUGUAUAUAUGUAUAUACUAGGGUCUAAUGUGUGGCAUUAACCAAAUUCCUUUAAUAAAUAAUCCAAGCUGGAAAUCCAAGUCCUUCCAGUUAGAUGCCACUGACUCACAGGAACUCUGCUCUGACCCAAUUUACUACGAGAGUGGAGUUCCCAUUCUAAACGGGUCCCCUAUUGUUAAUACUGCAAAUUGGAUCCCACUGUGAUUUUUUCUUGCACCUGCCUGUGUGUCUUCUGGCUUUGUGAGAGCAAAUGUACUUAAAUACAGUACUUGAUAAAAACAAAUGCCAUGUUUUUGAACACUGAUCGCAUGAGUGAAUGAGGAAUGAUUUUUAUGUCUGAGCACUUGUACAGAACUUCAGGUUGACAUUCAUAGGCAAACAUAUUUCAGAGAUGCAGUGGCUGUGGGUGCAAAUUUUUAAAUAUAAUUAUAAUAGCUAAAUUGGAGAGCUAGAAGGUUUGAUAUCAGAAAAUUGUUUUUGUGCAAUGGUUACCUUUUUGAAGCAAAGUGUUGGCUCCGUAGAAAGAAAAUGGUGAUAAUAAAGCAUGGAUGUAAAGGCU